AUGGAGGCUCAGUUGGUGAAGGACGUUGUGCCGUUUAAUUUUCUUACGCCUAUGAGGAUUAUAAGAAAUGCUAUCUCGGAAUGGGGUGGAAGUCCUGCUCCUGUGGUGGUUUCUGAAGGUGCUAAUACCAUGGAUGUCGGUCGAGCUGUAUUGGUUCAGAAGGAGCCAAGGACUAGGUUGGAUGCUGGCACUUGGGGGACUAUGGGAGUUGGUCUUGGUUAUUGCAUUGCUGUCGCUGUUGCUUAUCCUGAUCGCCUCAUUGUUGCCGUUGAAGGAGAUUCUGGAUAUGGGUUCAGUGCCAUGGAAGUUGAGACAUUGGUUCGAUACCAACUGGUUGUGGUGGUGGUUGUUUUCAACAAUGGUGGUGUAUAUGGUGGUGAUCGUAGAAGCCCAGAAGAGAUAGAUGGACCUCACAAAGGGGAUCCUGCUCCGACAUCAUUUGUCCCAAAUGCAGGGUACCACACUAUGAUGGAAGCUUUUGGUGGAAAGGGUUAUCUUGUUAGGACAUCUGAUGAACUAAAGUCAGCUCUCUCAGAAUCAUUCUCUGCUAGGAAACCAACUGUCAUAAAUGUUGUCAUUGAUCCCUAUGCCGGUUCAGAGAGUGGGAGGAUGCAGCACAAGAAUUGA